AUGGUUGGCAUUUAUCGCGCUAUCCCAGAAAUCGACUCUAUGUGUCGUGCUGUUGAAGAUGCGGACUACGACAAGACCGACUUAUUUCCGCUAGGACUGGAACCUUCUGAUGACGAAGACUCCACAUAUCCAUCGUCAUCUGUACUUCCUACUGCCAGUCUUGCUGUCUCCAGCUACUCUGGUGAUCUAUCUACGCAACUUUACCUCAUCAAGAAACAACUGCGAUUAGAGAGACAUGCGCUAUUGAAACAGGCCCAGCUGAAUGCUCACAUCAUGUGCGCGUCACGAAGACUCCCUCUGAGCGUUGGUGCAGCUUUACGUCAACGUUCCGAUCCUUCACCACCACCGUUACAGCUGGCUCCAGCAGCUCUGCGAAGGUGCGAAAGAGCCUGCUUACCAAUGUCUAAUCAUUGUGCGCAACAUGUUCUCUACAAUGUCAAUCAACGGCUGUUCUCUUUUUGCACACAAUCUUUUUGUCGUCGACCUGUGAACUCGAUUGAUGCGUUACUCUGGGACGGCAAAUGUUCAAUCCAUAGGCAGUCAAGAGAGGAUAAAUAUGGUAAGCACAGUCGAUUUUCGCAGACGUUUGUUCAUAUUUCUUUCACUGGUUUUCGUUCUUAUGUCGCCUAUGGUUUGGCCUUCAUCAUGCUGAGUUUAUAGUG